AUGUGGGUGCCCAAGAGGUCAAUGGGAGCCCCCAGGAAGUCAAGGCCAUGUGGGCACCAGCUGGGCGAUGUGGGCAACCGACAGGGCAAUGGGAGCACCCAACGGGUCAAUGUGGGCGCCCAGCAAGUCAAUAGGAGCACCCAACAGGACAACCCCAGCACCCAAGGGGUCAACGUGGCCACUCAGCAGCAUGGUGGGAGCAUCCAAGUCAACCCAAGCACCCAGCAGGUCAACGUGGGCACCCAGCAGGUCAACGUGGGCACCCAACCCAUCAACCCAAGCACCCAAGAGGUCAGUGUGGGCACCCACCAGGUCAACGUGGGCACCCAACCCAUCAACCCAAGCACCCAAGAGGUCAGUGUGGGCACCCACCAGGUCAAUGUGGGCACCCAACCCAUCAACCCAAGCACCCAAGAGAUCAACACGGGCACCCAACAGGUCUUCAAGGGCACCCAAGCCAUCAACCCAAGCACCCAACAGGUCAACAUGGGCACCCAACAGGUCAACGUGGGCACCCAACAGAUCAACGUGGGCACCCAACAGGUCAAAGGGGGCACCCAACAGGUCAACCCAAGCACCCAACAGGUCAAUGUGGGCACCCAUCAAGUCAAUGUGAGCACCCAACAGGUCAACGUGAGCACCCACCAGGUCAACGUGGGCACCCACCAGGUCAACCCAAGCACCCAUCAAGUCAGUAGGAGCCCCCACCUCAACCUCGCCGCCUUCCCCAAGCUCCGGCUGCUGUCGGGCGCCGACGGGCGCGACCAGAACCCAUGGCCCCUCUUCCGCCCCCCAUCACCGUCACCAUCGUCAUCGUCAUCGUCAAUGGACGCCCAAUGGCACCGGUGCCGCCGCGCGUGGAGGCUCCGCUGGGACAAAAUGGCGGCCGUUGCCAGGGAGACGGUGCGCAAGAUGGCGGCGGUUGCCAUGGAGACGGAGGUAGCAUCCAAGAUGGCGACGGUUGCCAUGGGGAUAAGGGGUAGCAUUCAAGAUGGCGUAGACGUACGCGCCCGCCCUUAA